ACUUGUUGGGAAUUAUAACGACUAUUCAUAUAUAUAUUCUUGGGAAUUUAAAAAAAAUAUAUUUUUGAGAAAAUUGAAUUUUGAUUUUUAAAAUAAUGCAUUUUUUUUUAAGAAUUCGACAAGUACAAGAUCAGACGAUGCAUUGAGUGGCAAAUGGCCGUUAUGACACGUUGUCAACAUUUUGCGUGAUUUUUUUCUUAUCUAUUUCUUGCUUGUAGCAGCUAUAGAUUGAUUGAUUUACCAUUUUAACCAGGUUUUAACCAUCUUGUGGCAGUUUACCUUUGAAUGGCAAAAUGACAAAAACAAGCGUGGUUCCUUGUAGAUCUUCGAGUCCACAACCUUAUUUGUAAACUCCCUUGACAGUGAACAUCAAAACACCACGCACAAAAUACGUAACGCUAAAAUCAGAUUUUUGGAAGUGUAAACUGAUUGCGAUGUUGACACAAAUGCUUCGCGAUCAAUUCAAUCUCUUUUGAAUCACUUGACAUAGAGCGCUUGUGACCUGAUGGACUCAAUCAUACAGAAAGAAGCCAAACGAGGCAUUGCAGGUACGGAAGAAAGUUACAAUAUCCUGAAUGUACCCACAAGGGAGGAUCAAGUUAUCCAUUGGCCAUUAUAAAGAAGAUAUGGAUAUGAAGAAAAAUAUUUUCGUUUCGAAAUUUUGGCCGAAAUAUAAAGUAAAACGAUAGAAGAAAUUUAUUUUUUUAAGAAAAUUGACACAAGUACAUUGUACGAGAGUCGUUGGAAAAGUCCGUGGAAAGUCAGUAAGAUGGCACCACUGGCGCGUAUCAAGGUUAUGGUUAGUUAUUAACAUAUCCUGGAAAAACACAUACCAAGGUUCAGCCAAAUCGGUCUGUUUCUAGAGCAGCCAGCGUUGGAUGAAGGGUAUAAGCCUAAAAGGAGACUAUGUCGAAAAAUAAAAAUAUUUUCGAACGGACUAUUCAAAUGAUCCUCGUGUAUCUUCUCGUAGUCUACAUGGACUAUAAGAAACAUAGCAACUUUAUCAUUCUUAAACUAGGGAAUGGGCAUUUGAGUUGGAAAUUAUGGCUCCCUGAUUAGAUUUAUAAAUAAAAUUUUCAUCUUAUUCAGUACUAAUACUUAUCAAAAUCAUGGAUUCUACAAUCGAUUCUUCUGGUCGACCCGUACCUUACCUAACCGACGAUGAUAUGGCAACGGUAUGAUGGCAGAUUUGAAGCGGCAAAACGCCGACCGUACUCCUGUUGAUGUUAUUGGUCUAUUUUCAGAUGAACGUCAGCAUUUACGACUAUCCUCGUGAGAUAUGGUACAUGGUACCGUUGUGGGAGGUGCUGUUAAAAACAGUCACACUAGUUCCCGUUGUCACGUUUGGAAUCUUCGGCAAUAUUGCGCUACUUUGCAUCGUCUGCACCAUCCGUGCGCUUAGAACGUCCACAAAUGUCCUGAUUGCAAACCUAGCCAUCGCUGACCUAGCUACACUAGUGAUAUGUCCCGGAAUGUUUAUGAUGCAGAACUUUUACCAGAAUUAUGUGUUGGGGGCUGUUGGUUGUAAAUUGCAAGGAUUUUUAGAAGGUUCACUUCUCAUCACAUCUGUUCUAUGUCUCUGCGCGAUCAGUUACGAUCGGUUGACGGCCGUCGUGUUCUCCAAAAAAUCCAGGUUGACCACCCGAGGCGCCUCGAUCAUGAUGGUUACAACCUGGCUUGUUGGAUUACUGCUGGCACUUCCCUUAGCGAUUUUCCGCAACUACAGGGAACGCAAUUGGAAGGAUUAUCUGGAAACAUUUUGCUCGGAGAAAACCUGGAUCCUUCCACGAUACUGGCAUGUGCUGGUUGGAGCGCUCGUGUGGUUUCCCCUGGCGGUUAUGAUUUGCAGCUAUAGCCUAAUUUUUUCGAAGCUAUAUCGGUACGAACGAAAAGUUUUUAGAAGAGAACAUCCCAUUGCGGUUUGCUACAAAAAAAGAGUGGCGAAGUCGCUGUUUGUUGUUUUGGUUGUUUUCAUUCUCUUACGAAUUCCGUUUACCACGCUUGUAUUUAUACGAUACGAUCGAUUUGUCAAUGAAAACACUGAUCAGAUCGGACGAGGUUUUCAGAUUCUGUGGUAUGUUUCACAUUAUCUAAUGUUUCUGAAUGCAGCCAUCAACCCUAUAAUUUACGGUUUAACGAACGACAACUUCAGAAAAGCUUACAAUAAGACGCGAAUCUGGAGAUGUUUCUGGCAUAGUAACAAAGCCAAGAAGAAGGUGAAGAGGAGAGAACCCGCAGUAGCAAUCAUUGGACAACUGCAGCCACGUGGGCCUUGUGGGGAUGAGAAGCUUAUAUCGGGCUGGGUGGUACCAUCGAAAAAUGCCCCGACAAUAGCAUCGGGUGAAACAAAAUCUUCUGCUUUGAAACUCCCAAGUGAUGAUACUGUUAGGUAUUCACUCUACGCUAACGCUAAGCUGAUUUGUUCGGACCGUUCUAUGAACCAAGAGGACUACAAGAUACACUCGACCGAAUACAUUUGAUUUAAUUGGUAUCGAAUAAUAUUACACUAGCAAACAAUAUUUUAAUCUACUUCGAGUUUCCGAAACGACCCAUCCACUCCGAAUAACGUUUCAGCAUUCU